CUUAGCACAAAUAUUUACUGAUCUGUAGUUGUUAAAAAUCCUAAAUGUAAAAACUGUAAACCUUGACUUUUUGUAGUUUGUGGUAUUUUUAUGUUUUUAAUAUUUGCGUUGUUGUGUCAGGUAGGGAUCGACAAAUAUAUUAACAAUAUUUUAUCUUGUUGGAAGAAUUUAAAGAUGGAUUAUCAGCCAAGGAGAAAGAAGUUGAGGAUAAGCCCUGCCGUAGAUACAACCUGCCACCUGGAGAACCUGCCUACCGAGAUGUUCUUCGCUAUCCUCAAAUAUAUUCCUGUGAGAGAUAUAGGGAACCUGGCUCUCACGGCCAACAGCUUCAGGAACAAGAUCUUGUGUUGGAUUGAGACGAGUGCAGGUAUUAAGCACGCAGGAACAAGGAUCUUCAAGACGAUCAGCUCGGACUGGGAGUAUCAGACAUGGAUCGGAAUCUGCAAAAACUUUGCAGUUUUCGCCAAGAGGUUGACGAUGUUGCAUGGAACGGUUAAAAGGAUGGUUCUACUAGAUUCUUGGGUUGACAAAUUCAGGAACUAUACUCUUGGUAACCCUAUUGUAACGGAUGAAUGGAAUACACUGCUUCACGUGAACGGAUUGGCGACCGUCCUCGCCCAUUUCUCCUCUGGCUGGGAUGAGAGUGAGUUCGGGAAUGUUGUAAACAUUCUCAACAAGAGAUUCGGUUUCAGUGAGAAGAUCCGAUUCUUCCUGGAGACUAAAGAAAGGAGCCAGGAGUUGGAGAGCUCACUCAAGAUCAUUCUCAGGUAG